AUGGUCUCUAAGCUCGUCAGCCUCUUCUGCCUGGCCUCGGCCGCAGUCUUUUCCACAGCCCAGGCCCAGUCCCAAACCUCGCCCAAUUGCGAUAGUGCGUGCCAGGCCCAGUUCCGCAGUGCCGUCACUAGCGAGGAUGCCAACUACGUCAACCUCAACAUCACCACCGACCCCUUCUACCAGACCCCGGCCAACAUCUCCUCGUACGGCAUCGGCGACCUGGUUAGAUCACAGGACAUGGACCGCGCUGCCAUCUCUCGCCUCUGGACCCUCCCUGCCGGCAUGUCCAUGACUAGAUUCUACUACGUGACCGAAGACAUCGACGGAAAGCCCCUUCCCGCCACCGCCUUUGCCCUGAUCCCCUACUCGAACCCCCUGGGGCCCGACAAGCCCUUCCGCACCAUCGCCUGGGCCCACGGCACCGCCGGCGGCAACAGGCAGUGCGCCCCCUCCAACCAAAAGGCCUUUGAGUUCGACUGGGAGGGACCCCUGGCCCUGGCCCAGCGCGGCUUCAUCGUCAUCGCCCCCGACUACGCCGGCCUUGGCGCCGAGGCCCCCAAGGGCUUCAUGUACGAGGCCGGCGCCCUCCACGCCCACGAUGUCGUGCACGCCAUCCAGGCCGCCCGUCAGACCUCGUCUCUGGGACCGCUGAUGACCAAGGAGUGGGUCGUCGUCGGCCACUCCGAGGGCGGCCUGACGGCGUGGAGGACCGCCGAGCGCCAGGGCAUGCCGGGCAAGGCUGUUGACGGGCUCAUCGGCGCCGUCGCCGCCGCCCCGGCCCUGCGCCCGCUCAGCCUGAUCCCCGAGUCCUUCCGCCGCGCCAACGGCAAGCCCGUAGGCGACGCCCCCUCCGUCAUCUUCCUGCAGAGCCUCGGCCGCCUGUUCCCGGACCAGAUCAAGCCCGCCGACUACUUUGGCCAGAUCGUCAUCGACCGGCUCGCCCUGGCCAAGGACCGCUGCCUGAUCGCGGACCUGGCCCUGUUCAGCACCCUGACGGCCGACCAGCUGUACAAGGACAAGUCGUGGCUGACGCACCCGGCCGCCGUCGACUGGCAGAACCGCUACAACGGAGCCUCGGGCCCCAAGAAGCUCGGCACCCCGCUGCUCGUCGUCCAGGGCGAGGCGGACGAGCUCACGUACAGGGAGGUCGCCGAGAAGGACUUUGACGACCAGUGCGCCGCCCUGCCCGACUCGGCCGCCGAGUGGUCCCUGUACCCGGGCAUGAAUCACGACGGCUCCAUGCAGGCCGGCCAGGCCGAGGUGUUCGCCUGGAUCAACGACCGCUUCGACGCAAAGCCCACGGCCGGAAAGUGCGUCAAGAGGACCCAGAAGCCCGCCACCCAGAGGUACUCCCAGGUCAACCCCGUCUGGGCCGCCAUGGCUGCUCGGGGACCCCUGCCCGCUGCUUGA